AUGUCUCUAGGAAAGAUAGAGCUGUAUGAUUUCGGACAUAGUGAAUCUAACAUGCCAGAGAUAGCUGAUAGGGAAAAGGCUUUUGAGAAGCUUCCUGAGGAAAUUAUUGUUCAAAUACUUCAAACAGCUGAUCCAAAUGUCUUUGCUUCCCUAGUUCUCUUGAAUAAAAGAUGGCAUCAAGUAUCGUCUAAAGCAUCUCUCUAUUGUCAUCAAAUUUCUCAGUGUUUUUCCUUCUCAAUAAAUAACCAAGCGUUAAUUUUACAACAAGAUGACGAAAAAAACCUGCCAAUGCUUCGGAGAACUUUUGCCCAAGAAGCCAAGCGAAACUUGUUUGAAGUCUAUCUUCGACCUAGAGUAACUAAAGUUAAGUUCGUUUUUAAGUUAGAUAAUCCAGAUCUAGCGCUAUCUGGUGAUUCUCUGCAUAUGAUUUCAUCUCCUCAAGGUCGCUACAUAGUGGCUUACAACACUUUUGGAAUUCAUAUUAUUGAUUUGUCAGGUGUGGACGUAAAAGUAAAAAAAAGGUUUAGGGUGCUACACAAACCGAAGUUACUUGCUAUUACUGAAGAUGGCUCUACACUAGCAAUCUUAUCGACUGAUCUUCAGGUAAAUAUAUAUAAUCUGUCGGGAUCUAAACCAAAGCGUAUUCGAGCCAUGACACUCGAUCACGCCCCCCGAUCAAUUGCACUCUCACCUAAAGGUUGUGUAAUCGCUGCAGCGUAUGAUUCUGGAAUCGAGGUAUCAUCACUUAAUCCCACAAAUUUUUCGACUGAACGACGAUCAGUGAAAUGUUCAACAGUUGACAGUCUAACUUUCUCACGAAGCGGAGCUCAAAUGCUCGGAACAACUAUAUCAUCAGCAACUCCAAGCACAGUUAUUCUUACCGCUCCCUACUAUGAUCCCGGUGCCGCUAUGCCAGAAGACUGUAUCAGUGCUUUAUGGACAACCUCCAUUUUAUUUCCUAAUGUAAGCCGGGACUGUAGCCAUGCAAUAUUAUUACCAAAUUCUGCUGAGGAAGAAGCAAACUGGUCAUUCACAUAUGACCGUGCGUUUGAAUCAUUUCGCGCAGUUAGGCUUGACGACCUUCGGAACGGCACGACGUAUUUCACGGGACCUACGGCAAAAUCUUCCACAGAGCAAAAGCUAUUACCGACUACGGUACCAGCUGUAAACAAAUCCGGGCAGUUAGUAGCUUCUAGUUUCCAGGGGUCUAUAUGGAUAUACGGGAUUCCAGAAGAUCUUGAUUAUAUUUCGACUCACAAAGAUAGUACAAAUAAUCAUGGGGAAAGCGACCUUACAGCAUUAUAUUCAGAACUUGGGCGCUCUAAUAGCGCUACUUCGAUACGCCCAUCAACUCUGAUACACGAACAAUCCUGUAAAAUGCCUCAGUGGCAGUUUUUAUGUGAUCAGUUUCGCAACACUUUUGUUGAGGGCCAAAAUAUUGCCUUUGUGGAAAAUGCCAGUGCUUUAACAUGGGUUCAUUCGCAAUCAUCUCUCUACUCUGAUAGACUAGUCGUAGUAGCUCCAGACAAGGAGAAUGAGAACGGUGAACCUUCUGCAAAUGCUCUCUUAACGAUCCUUGAUUUUAAUUUCUCUCAUAGAGAUGGAGUAAAAGAGGAUAUAACUAUAGAUCUUAAUCUAGUUGAUUCUGAUAUUCUUUUUGGAGAGUGUUGUGAACUUGAGGUGAAGAGUAGCAAAUGUCUAUCGAAGACUUGUCCAAAUCAGCAAAAUUCCAGUGGUCUUAAUGCGGAAGCAAUCAAUGACGCAAAAAAUAAUUCAUUUUCAAAUGAGCUGUUAGAAUCUGGCGUGCAAGAAGUUGUUCCAUCAACCAGCGAUCCAAGGCCAAUCAGCGGGUACACAAACUUUCCUUAUCACAACGAAAUGUCUUCUGCCGGAGAUGAUGCCUUGGAUGCUCCCUACUCACACAAUAGUCCGCGAUCCAGAAUAACGCUUCAUCGUGCUGCCACUGCUGUAGCAAUAAAUCGCAUACACAAUCCUCAGUCUUCGAAUAAUGAGUACACACAAGAAAACUAUUAUGCAGCUGACGAGGACCAUCGAACCCAACCUGAUCUUGACGUGUGGAAUCCACCACCUCCUCCUUACAGUCCUGAUUUAUCCCUGAGAGAAUCUGAGGAUGUUAUGGUAGAAGAACCUGGGGGGUCAAAUACUUCGACAAUCUCACAAAAUAAUAUUUGUGGAAUUUCUGGACUUGAAUCUCCAGAUACAGGGUCAGAUGAUCAUUUUUUUUCGUGCAAAGAUAGUUUAUCAACCUCAAGCGAGUAUCGAAGUGAGGUAAAUCCACUUAAUCGAACACUGAGUAACUCGGAAGUUAAAUCUACCGAAUGGGCUCUUGGUAAUGAGCAGCAGCAGCGUCCUGUCACUAGUCCUAUAUCAAAUGGAGGAUCUACAAAAUUCUCAGAUAAAAUUCCGAAUAACCAAGGAUUAUGCCCUUAUAUUACUAGAGAUUUAUGUAUGCCUCAGAUUACCUCCACCAUAAAUGUAGCUGCUGCUUCUAACAGUACAUCUUCGAAAGAAACUAUCACGCAUGCUUGUUCUGAACAAUCUGAAACCUUAUCAUCUCUAUCUACACCAGCAAACGGUAAAUCUUUAGCUUUCCAAUUGAAAGUAAAUGUCGAAAACGAUCUUUCUCAAAGUAGGUCAGCCCCUACUUCUACGAGAAUUAAAUCGGUUCGAGAAACUUGUCCCGCAACCGAAUUACUUUUAACAUCACCUUACGAGACCCAUAGAAUGAAGCUUCAAGCUCAAUCAUACAGAGAAAGAGAGCAGAUCAUGGCUGUGUCAUCGAUGAAAAUUAUGCAGACAAACAAUGAUCAAAAUAUAUUUAGCGAGAUAGCCUCAAGUUCUGAUGGUGCAUUGAUUAAUCCUGAGUAUAAAGUCGCAUCUUCAAAGGAGAUCAGUGACCAUUCAUUCAGGAAAAUAGAUCCUCGCCGUCAUUCAAGCAGUACUAUUCAACAGCCCCUUCCAUCAAUUGGACGGAGUCAGACAAUGCCUUUGAAUUCCACGUCCUGUCAUACAAAAAAUGUACCUUCAAAAUUAUUUACUGGGAAAAAUUGCCCUACUUCAGAGCGAGAGCCCUCUCAUGGUAAAAAUGCAACCUCGAGGCUUUCUUUUCGGUCCUCAAUAUUUAGACAGACAUCAAACAAUUCAGCGCAUAAUCUUGGAAGCAUUAGUCAAUCGCAAAUUUCUGGCACUCGCCCUAUGACCCAAUAUUUUGAUGCAAACUAUACUCAUUUUGUGUCCGAUGAAACUGCAACAAGCGAAUCACCGGUGUCUCCAGUAAUAGCUCAAAAAUCCUACAGAGAUAAAGGAAUGUUUGGUAGCAUGAGACUUGCUCGCAAAAAAGUGUGGACAACAAGCUUGCGUGGGGAAGACAAAAAAACCCAGAAUUCUAAAGAUUUAUCCUAUGACCCUUACGAGGCAAAUCCCCCGAAAAAAAUACACAGAAGACAGUCACUAUACAUCGAACCAAAUACGAGACAUAAGGAUAAAUGUUCAUUGAUGUGA